GCGGGCAGCUCAUGCCGGCAACGCUGACGGCAGCGGGCGCCGGGGGCGCUCCAGCAGCGCACGUCCGCGUGGUGCGGUCGCGCCAGGGCGAGGACGACGGCAAGCGCGCCGACGGGCUCAAGGAGGUGAAGACGUGGAAGUCGGGACAGAAGCAGGUGUACGGCAUGAUGAUGCGCCAGAUCCUCCGCAACUCCCAGCAGCAGCGCGAGGUCAUGGCCACGCUCUUCGACGUGUACCUCGGCCCAGAGAACCAUCCCAUCAUCUUGCGCAUGGGGGAGCAAACCUCCACGUACAGCGAGCUGGUGAAAGGCAAGAAAGAUCACGAGUACGGCCCGCCACUGAUCUGGGCCUUCGGAGGAGCGUUGGAGUGGCUGAAGGAACAGCAACCCGAUACUCCCACGCAGGGGGUGUCCCUGACCAAGGAGCUCCACGUCAAGCUCAAGAGCGCGUACGACGAGUACAGCAGUUGGACGGUGAAGAAGAAGUGCGAGCUGAUCUUGUGCUGCAAGGUGGAGAAGGUGUUCCAGCGGGGCAUGAAGAAGGUAACGUUUGCGUACAGGGACCCCCACUUCCGCCAGAUGAUGAUGGAGGCCUUCGAGGGGUUGCAGGACUGGCAGCUGAAACAAGGCCGCGAGGCAUCGUCUUCUGGGACGGCACAGUUAGCAAAGCUCCUGAUGAUGGAAAACAUGGCGAUUUUGAAAUUACUCGCGAAGCUGGUAAUACUUCGUGGCUACCGCUACUUGCAGCUGGUGCGGAUCGGGCGGUGUUUCGCGCUCGUCCAGCUGCUGGCCCUGCUGGCGUUGUUCGGCCAGGCCCCGUCUCUCUCCCAUCCAGGCUCCGACUUGUAA